GCGAAGCGGUCGAAGGAUAGCUGUGGGGAGAAGAAGGGGGCGGUGCAAAUGGUGGCACUGCAGAGACCAGAUUAGGAGCACGGCGAAGUUAGGUGAACAUGUUCCAGUGGACUCUGCAGAUGGCAUUUGAUCCGAACCAAUGGCUUCAAGGUACAAGAAAGGAGAUUACCACGGAACAGCUUUCUGACAGUUCGGAAGUGGAACAGACUCCCACAAGAGGUGGUGGGCUUCCUUGGUUGUUGUUUUUUAAAGCAGAGGACUGGAUGGCCACCUGUCAUAUAUGAUCUAGCUGAGAUUUCUAUAUUGCAGGAAGCUGGGCUACAUGACCCAAUCAGAGACCUUUCCAACUCUACAAUAUGAUUCUAAGAGGACCUUAAACAAGGUUACCCAGGAGGUAUCCUUAGAAGUGCUGUGUGAAUGGCUUUGUGCUUAAGUCUAAGGCAUUGAUGGUGAACCUUUCAGAGACCGAGUGCCCAAACGGCAACCCAAAACCCACUUAUUUAUCGCAAAGUGCCAAGACGGCAAUUUAACCUGAAUAUUGAGGUUUUAGUUUAGAAAAAAAACAACUCAUACAUUAACAUCUUUUGCAGGGGUCAGCAAACUUUUCCACCAGGGAGCCUAUCCACUGUCUCUCAAACCUUGUGGGGGCUGGACUAUUUUUUUGGGGGGGAUGAACAAAUUCCUAUGCCCAGAGAUGCAUUGUAAAUAAAAGGACACAUUCUACUCAUGUAAAAACAUGCUGAUUCCCGGACCGUCCGCAGGCUGGAUUGAGAAGGCGAUUGGGCUGCAUCCCGCCCCCGGGCCUUAGUUCGGGGACCUCUGAUCUUUCGUCUUAAAAGAAAAACACAAUAACAGAGCUUUCAAUGAUACAAACAACUUUUUUUUGAAAGGUAAAAGUUUGCAUUUGGCAUACUUUUGAACAAUUAAUGUGAUUUUUGCUGUUGUACGCAUGCAGAUAAUUUGUCUAACCUUGCUGAACUCAAGGCGGCUUACUCCCGAGUAGGAACAACAAACUGGCAGGAGGCCCUGGCGCAUCAAAAGUCAAGGCCUGCUCAGCCGCUUGCCAGAGUUACCACGGGUUACCACAGCUCUAAACGCUAGAGCAGGAAGGCUGGUCGGACACAACUGAGCAUGAUGGUGGGGAGGCAGAGCCAGCCCAGAGGCAGCUGUCAGGUUUGGUUAUGGUGGCAGAUGGGCUUGGUCAGUGACUUGAGUAGUGGUGACGCUGGCUUUGGACGGAGCGGCAGUUUCCCAGCAUGAGCCCUCCUCUCUCUGCCCCCCAGCGCGGCCUCGAGGGUGAAAAUGGUGCCCAGCAGUGCUGGGACCAUGCUGGAAGCGGCCAGGAGCCUCCUGCAGCGCUGGAGCACCAGUUUCACCCCUAGCUACGGCCCUGCUGGAGCAAUGGCGUGCGUGCCCACAGAGAGGGCUCAAGAGUGCCCCCUCUGGCAUGCUUGCUAUAGGUUUGCCACCACUGAUCUAAGGCUUCCUCAGUGCGUACCCUUGAGUACCACCAGAAAAAAACCCACUGGCCUUUCUCAGCCUGGUGUCAUCCAGAUAAUUAGGGCUACAAUUCGCAUCUCAUCCUGCUUGCCAGGCUGACUAAAGAGCUCUAGGGAAGUGACUGUGCAAAGGCAAAAUCACUCAGACCUAUGCCUAGAAAGCACGACUAGUGGAAAACCUUUUGGACCUGUGCUUGCUGGGCAUGGGGCAAACAGAAAUGUGGAGGUAGCCAUAGGUUUUCCUCUUCAGCUAACAUAUCACACAAGAGCUGGGUUGAUCAAAAUACCAUUUCACCAGCUACCUUUGUUUAGUUUGUUGUGAAGAGGCCACAUUUCCUCAUCAAUAAACUUAAGUAUCUUUUCUCCUGUGACACCACCCCACUAUCUUGUGGACUUUUUGUUAUUUCUAUCAAUAAUAUGACCAUUCCAUACCUCAGAUAGCAGGAAUGGAAUGAUUUGUACAAGUUCUUUUUCACAGCUCAUGAGGAUCCUGGAACCAUGAUUGCUUCACAGUUUUGAUCUGGUCUGGAAUUUAGAUUCUCCUGUUCAUUGUGGCAUAUAGCCAUGUUGGCUCAACUGCACUGGCUGCCAAUUAAUUUCUGGGCCCAAUUCAAAAUGCUGUUUUUGACCUAUAAAGCCUUAAAUGGCUCAAGACCGCAAUACUUCAAGGACCUCCUCUCCCCAUAUGAACCGACCCAGAACCGAUGAUCAUCAUAUGAGGCUCUUCUUUAUGUGCCUUCUCCACAAGAGGGUAGAAACAUAAAAAUGGGCCUUUUCUUCGGUGGCUCCCCACUUGUGCAAUCCUCUCCCUCAGGGAGGCUUGUCUGGCACCUUCAUUACAUUUCAUAUAUUUAGGCACUAGGUGAAAACAUUUCUCUUUAAUCAGGCCUUAAAAUACAAUAAUAGUAAUAAUGCCUAACAACUCAUUGAUUUGAAACAGGAGCACCAUUAAUGUGAUGGCUCUCAAAGAUCUCAGGCAAAUCACUUUCUCAUCCCUUACAAUGGAUAUUAUUUAUUUAUUUAUUUGGCCCUGAUCUGGCCACAGUGAUCCAUGCGACUGUCACCUCCAGGCUUGAUUACUGUAACUCGCUUUAUGCAGGGCUGCCCUUGAAGCUGACCCAGAAACUCCAGCGGGUGCAGAAUGCCGCGGUGAGGCUCCUUACGGGGUCCCUGCCGCGGGACCACAUUCAUCCAGUGCUCUACCAGCUGCACUGGCUCCCGGUGGAGUACAGGAUCAGAUUUAAGGUGCUGGUUUUGACCUUUAAAGCCCUAUGCGGCUUAGGACCCUCGUACAUACGGGACCGCCUCUCCUGGUAUGCCCCGCGGAGGACCUUAAGGUCCACAAAUAACAACAUUUUGGAGAUCCCAAGCCAUACGUCAGUGUGGGAUGAUUCAGUCACUGAAGCAUAAGAGAAGGGUUUUUGUUCUUCUGCCUUUAAUUUUUGAAAUGCUCCUGUUCUUGUGUGUGCUCCAGAGAUAACCGAGGGGUGAGCUAUUAAUCUGUGAUUUCUGAGCCAACUUGGAACAGCUACCUUAGCAGUAGUGAGUCAGCAAGAAAUGGGAAGAUAGGCAGAGCUGCAGUUCAUACCUUCACCAUAGUUUUGCAUUUUAUUUAGAUCAAAAGAAACGCACACACACAAAUAAUUGCACCCCGCCAAGCAAUAAGCCAAGGAAGAGAGAACACAGAACUCCUCAGCUGAUGGGUGCUGUUGAUGAUGAUCACAAGGCAUUUAGGCAACUGCUGCGCUUGAGAGAUGCGGCAGAUGGCCUCUAUUCCAGCCGGAGUGUUCACGAUGGGAACUGAUGAGCCAGCUAUAGAACAAGAUGGAGAGUCACCCGCCAGGAGAAUCCACAUCAAACAUUUCUUCAUGGAUCGCUAUGAAGUCAGCAAUGCAGAAUUUGAGAAGUUUGUGAAUGCCACUGGCUACCUCACAGAGGCAGAAAGAUUUGGAGAUUCCUUUGUAUUUGAAGGUGUGUUGAGUGAACAAGUGAAGACUGGAAUUCAUCAAGCUGUGGCCAUUGCUCCUUGGUGGCUGCCUGUUAAAGGAGCUAACUGGAAGCACCCUGAGGGUCCCGAUUCUAAUAUCUCAAACAGAAUGGAUCAUCCGGUUCUUCAUGUUUCUUGGAAUGACGCUGUGGCAUUUUGCAGUUGGGCAGGAAAACGACUACCAACUGAGGCUGAAUGGGAAUAUAGCUGUCGCGGGGGCCUUGAGAAUAGACUUUUCCCCUGGGGAAACAAGCUGCACCCAAGUGGUCGGCACUAUGCUAAUAUCUGGCAGGGAGAAUUCCCUACAAGCAACACUGGGGAAGAUGGAUACCAAGGAACUGCACCCGUAACAUCGUUCCCUCCUAAUGGUUAUGGCUUGUACAACAUUGUGGGAAAUGCUUGGGAGUGGACCUCGGAUUGGUGGGGUGUUAUGCAUUCUGCAGAUGAAACAUACAAUCCGAAAGGACCCCCAACUGGGACUGACCGAGUGAAGAAAGGAGGAUCCUAUAUGUGCCACAAGUCCUACUGCUAUAGGUAUCGAUGCACAGCCCGAAGCCAAAACACCCCUGACAGCUCUGCUUCGAACCUGGGGUUCCGCUGUGCUGCUGACACGCUGCCCGACUACUUAAAGUGACAAAGGCUGGCUGGCAGCUGUGGAGGACCGAAGGAUCUCACCCGAGGCGAGAAGCGCUUAAGGAAGAGUAGGAACAUGGCUCAGUGAAGGAUGUCUUGCUUGCAAAGAUGAAAAUUGAAAUGCUGAACUUUCUGCUUUAAUGAACCUUGGAGGGAGGGGGAAUACGGGCUGGAUUUUCAUUUGUUUUUCCGGAAAUCUAGCACUGAUGUAUGGAGUAUUAACUUUGAUUGUUUUACGUCUGAGAACUGAGAAGAAUCAUGGCCAUGAAUUGAGGGGGUUGUCUCUUAAUAAGGAAAAGAAAUGUUUAAGAGGCAAUUGGCGUCAACUAGGAGAUGGAUUUACAAAAGCAGUUAGGAGGUGAAAUGCUGCUUUAUUUCUUUUAAUAAUAAUACAGUGUGUGGCUUCCAAGCGGCCCCCCCGAUACCAGGUAUGGCCUUCAGUGGCCAACUUCCUACAAUACUGGAAUCAACUUUUGUUUAAUUAGCCUCAUGGAUUAGACUCCUAAAGAUGCAGUCACCAGUGUAUACAGUUUGAAUUAGUUGCAAAUACGUUUUCAUAAGAGUGCGUAUAAUCCUUAUAGAAGCUACAAAUGACCCAAAUUUGAAAAAAUGUGCACAAACAAUGCAUUUAAUGUUUCCAGUUUUUCCUUGUUGCCAAAUCUAACAUCCUUUCACGGAGGAUGGAAACCUAUAUACAUUUAGUUAGGAGUAAGGCUGGCAUUUCUGGACCAAAUGGUUGGUUGAAUGAAAGGGACAUCUGAAGUAUUGGUGUGUGAAAUGAGGAGGGGUAGGGUGAGAAUCAGACACAGUGUACACCAGAGAUGGGAAACCUGGACCCUCUAGGUGUCUUUGGAUAUCUCCUACUGUACCAAACUACCUUUGAACUCCUGUACAUCACUGACUUAUACUAAAGAUACUCCUUUUGCAGAACAGCAAAAAGUUCUUUCUCUAGUCAAUGGCCCUUUUGGGGAGAAAAUACAUAAAACAUAAUGAUAGGGGAAAUGAUGAAAAUAAGUUGUGAGGCUUAAAUGUGCUAAUACUGAGACCUAGCUAUAGAAUUUGGAAGCCGUUAGCUAAUGUAUUCGAUGUCACUCGGUCUGAGAACAACUGAUAAAGGUGGAAGCCAAAACAUUUUGCUAUAAGAAUUUGAAAUUUUCUGUCUUGUUUCUAGUCACUAUAAAAUAUGUGUGUGUGUGUGUGUGACACACACUAGUCUUCUGGUUGUAAAUGGUUUUAACUUUUAACUUAUUUUGAGUCUGCAUUUUAUAUACAGGUAUUUGUAACUUACUCAGGAACCUUAUGAUGGGUAAGAAAUACAAUAAAUCAGGCAUAACCAAUGAAGUGCCUUCCAGAUGUUUCUGGAUUAUAACUCCUGACAUUCAUGGGCCAUGGGCUGAUGGGAGUUGGAGUCUUAAGCACAUCUGGUGGGCAUCAUGUUGUUAAGCCCUGAAAUGCCAUUACUACUUAGGGAUAGAGAACCUAUGGCACUUCAGCUGUUGUUGAAUUCUAACUUCUGUCAUGCCUGACCAUUGGCUGCUGGGGGUCCAUCUGGUGGGCUACAAGUUCCUCACCUUUGACUUAAAAGAUUUCUAAUCAUAUGAAUUAAGCAUCUGUUAGUGCUAAGCAAGCUGGUGUGCUGUAAGCUUCUCACAUUUCAUGAUGUUGUAGAAUACAUGGUUUUUAAAUUCAUUGAAUUCUAGUAGCAUAUUCAUUGAAGGUGACCCGGAAACUACAACUAAUCCAGAAUGCGGCAGCUAGACUGGUGACUGGGAGCGGCUGUCGAGACCACAUCACACCGGCCUUGAAAGAUCUACAUUGGCUCCCAGUACGUUUCCGAGCACAGUUCAAAGUGUUGGUGCUGACCUUUAAAGCCCUAAAUGACCUCGGUCCAGUAUACCUGAAGGAGCGUCUCCACCUCCAUCGUUCUGCCCGGACACUGAGGUCCAGUACUGAGGGCUUUCUGGUGGUUCCCUCGUUGCAAAAAGCCAAGUUGCAGGGAAACAGGCAGAGGGCCUUCUCAGUAGUGGCACCCGCCCUGUGGAACGCCCUCCCAUCAGAUGUCAAAGAGAAAAACAGCUACCAGAUUUUUAGAAGACAUAUGAAGGCAGCCCUGUUUAGGGAGCCUUUUAAUGUUUAAUAGAUUAUUUUAUUUCAUUUUUCUGUUGGAAGCCAUCCAGAGUGGCUGGGGAAACCCAGCCAGAUGGGCGGGGU